ACUACUCGACUGCUGCAAAGAUAUUAGUCUCGCGCGUAAUGUGAAACAUUUGUGUCCACAAAAUGUAUUAGCACUCCUUUUUUGCGAAAGACUUGCAUGUUUUUAACUUUUGGAAGAAUUGCAGUUGUCAAUUUUUAGCAACAAAGUAUCCCGAUAAACAUGUCUGAAAACGAAAUGACAGCAAAUUCGAUGGAGGGAAAUGUGGAAGAAGAGAAUGUACUGUCUAUGGUUGAUGUUUUAGAGGAGGAAAAACAGCUUGAGGAUGAUGCCAAUGCUGUUUUGGGAGCAAGUGAUGAUACCAACUGUACAUAUCCACAUGGUUAUGUACACAGGCAAGCACUGUAUUCUUGUCACACAUGUGCAGAGGCUGCUACUCCAGGGGAUUCUGCAGGAAUAUGCCUUGCAUGCUCAUUGGAAUGUCACGAGGGCCACCAACUUUAUGAGCUGUACACGAAACGAUCAUUCCGAUGCGAUUGCGGAAAUGAGAAAUUUCCCACCGAUUUCAAAUGCAAGUUGUCGGCUGAUAAAUCGGCCCGUAACAUGGACAAUAAAUACAAUCAUAAUUUUCAUGGAGCUUAUUGCACGUGUUCACGUCCUUAUCCUGAUCCAGAGGAUGAGGUUGAAGACGAGAUGAUCCAGUGUGUCGUCUGCGAGGAUUGGUUCCAUGGCCGCCAUCUUGGGACAGAGCUACCGGAGUCGGAAGAAUAUCAUGAAAUGAUCUGUGGCUCCUGCAUGAAGUCAUGUGAAUUCUUGUGGCCUUACUUCGUUCAUGGGGUCGAGGUCAAGGUGACAUGCAGUGAAACAGCAGCACCAGUUGAAGUUGUCAAGGAAGAGCAGGAUUGUACCACUUCUAAUGGACAGUCGAAAGAAGUGUCCGCUCUCGUUGAAAUCAAAGGGGCUGAAAAAGAACGCAAAAAUGGUGUCAAUGGAAAAGACAAGGAACAGUCUGCUUAUAGUGCCGCCCCAAAUGAGCCAGUCAAAGGAGAGGUACCAGCAGUAAGUUCAGGAUCUGACAUGGCAGCUGGCGCAUCUGUGUCAAAUGAGGAUGUUGUCUGUCGCCUUAAGGAGCUGAAGAAACGUGAAUUUCAAAGUCGCAAAGGUGCCACAUUCUGGAAAAAUGGUUGGCGUUCAAAAUUGUGCAGUUGUGAUUCUUGCAAGGAGAUGUAUUUGGAUAAGAAGGUCUCAUUCUUGACUGAUGAAACGGAUACAAUAAUAUCGUACGAGAAUCGUGGAAAGGGUGAUGGCAUCGGCUCAUCAUCUCAGUAUGAAAAGGGAAUGCACGAGCUGUCGAAGAUGCAUCGUACUCAGCAAGUGGAUCUGUUGCAUGGCUUCAAUGACAUGAAAUCCGAGUUGACCGAGUACUUGAAGAAAUUUGCCGAAAAUGGUAAGGUUGUCCGAGCAGAGGAUAUCAAAGAGUUCUUCGGUCAAAUGGAGGCGAGGAAGAAACAGAGAGUUAGUGUUCCAUUUAAUUGCCGUUGAGGUUGACUUUGCAGUUUUAAAACUAAGCUGGUGUAGCAGGAGUUUCGUUGACAAUUUUGUACUUUUCAGCCUACGGUAACUGCAAGACCACAAAAUUUGCUACGAGACAAUAUGUGACAUGCUUGAAAGAAUAGGCCAAACAGGUUUUACCUUAUGUUCAUGGUGAUAACUGAAGUCCCAUGACAUUUUAUUGGUCUUGGUUCUUCUGGAAGUAAUGCUCUGGCACAUAUCCGGACAGGGGUUCAACCCCUGCAUGUGUCUGAGGAUCCUUCUAGAAGGUCUAGUGGGUGAACUCUAAGGUAUUUUUGCACUGUGCGAUGUCGGGGGGAUCGUGGGGGUUGAUCCUUCUAUCCCAACGGGGGGUUACCCUGCAAAGGUCACUGCGGAAGUCAUCCACGUAGGAUCCUUUUGGGUGGUCUAAAGGGGUGUGAUGUUACCGUUCUUGCAGGGGAUGACUAUGAAGGAGCUAGAAUACCAACCAGGUUGUUCUCGAAUUUGUUGUUUUUACUUGUCGGAAGUGGGAUCACAAAUCUGUCGUGUGGAAGAAAGAACAUGUAAGAGGCCUAUAUGUAUUAGAUGCAACUUAACUGGCUCAAUAGGGUCAUCCCAGUAUUUUUGUUGGUACCAAUAUUUUUGGGUAGUUUCCGAAACAACUUUGUUUGGGGGAACUUGCUCCAAACUCAUCCAGAAGAAAUCACAAACGAGUUCUCUGCCGAAGCAAGGACUAGAGAGUUCUAACACAUCACCUGUACGGUGCCUCCCCAGAACACGUGGAAGGACAUAAUUGUAUUACCUGUUCUUUGCAAAGAAAUGUUUCUAAAAGUGAGGUGGUACAUGUACGAUGAGGGGGUACGUGGUCUUCAGACUUCCACGGGGAGCAACUGAAAAACGUUUACCUAUACAUCAAUGACUGUGGCCAAGUGUAACUCUUCCGAGAUCUCCGCGUCUACAUGUAUGUAUACUACGUAUGUUUUGGAAGUGCCAUUUUUAAAAUGAUCUUCAUGUUCUUGUAAUGUGUAAGUUCUGUUUGUCUGUUGCAUAAUGUAUGCCUAUGUAUUAAUAUUUGACUACCCAGAAACCCUGCUCAGCAGGCUGUUGUAGAACCUCAUUGUAUGUCAGUGU